ACGCGGCGGCAGGCGCCAACUUUAGUCCACUUCAGAAACGUUUGUUAUGGUGACAGCAGUAGCGACGGUUUGAGAAAUCACCGUCGAAUUUCUUUUAAGAGUAGACAUUUUUCACUCCUGUAUAUACAAUGCCUUUGCUGUCUUUGAGCGGUGUAACCGUGAAUUUCCCCUUCCCUCCAUAUGAGUGCCAAACUGACUACAUGAAAAAGGUUAUAGAAUGUCUGCAGAGGAAAGUAAACGGUGUUCUGGAGAGCCCAACAGGAACUGGGAAAACUCUGUGCCUGCUGUGUGCUACUCUGGCCUGGAGAGAGCACUUCAAAGACUCCAUUUCUGCACGCAAGAUCGCUGAAAAGCUUGAAGGAAAGGAGAUGUUCCCCAACACACCACUGUCAUCCUGGGGAACUGCUGCUACAGACGGAGAAACGACUACAUACUACACCGAUGUUCCCAAGAUCAUUUAUGCAUCAAGGACACACUCGCAGCUUGCCCAGGUUGUAGAUGAGCUGCGGAGUACAUCAUACAGGCCAAAGGUCUGUGUGCUGGGCUCCAGAGAGCAGCUGUGCAUCCACCCAGAGGUGAAGCGGCAAGAAAGCAAUCACAUAAAGGUCCACAUGUGCAGAGCGAAAGUCUCCACCAGAUCAUGCAUGUUCUACAACAACGUUGAAGAGAAAUGCACAGACAAGAAUGUAGUGGACUCCAUUUUGGACGUUGAAGAUUUGGUGAAAUAUGGCAACAAACAGAAGGUGUGCCCUUACUACCUCUCCCGUUCUUUAAAGCAGCAGGCGGAUGUGAUCUUCAUGCCGUAUAACUACCUGCUGGACCCAAAGAGCCGCAGAGCGCACAACAUAGAGCUGAAGGGAGCCGUGGUGAUCUUUGAUGAAGCCCAUAAUGUGGAGAAGACGUGCGAGGAGACGACAUCGUUUGACCUGACCCCAUAUGACCUGGCCUCGGCCAUCAGUGCGGUGGACAGGCUGCUCGCAGAGAAGGCUAAUGAAGUUUGCUCAGGAGAAUCUUUCUCAUCAGACAAUGUGGAGUCUCUCAACCCUGCUUCAAAACUUGACAUUUCCAUGGUUGCUAAGAUCAAACAGAUUCUACUGGAUCUGGAAGCUGCUAUUGAUUCGUUUGAUGUCCUUAAUGAUAAAGGCUUCACAAAACCCGGAAUUUUCAUCUAUGAGUUGUUGGCCAGAGCACACCUGACGUACGACACCAAGACGGCCGUGCAUGAAGUCCUGGAACAGAUCUGUGGAUAUUUAGCUGGACAACCAGGAGUUUUCCUCAACACUUCAGGACUGCAGAAACUGUCUGACAUCAUUCAGGUGGUGUUUUGUGGCGAGCCAGAGUCAAAGGACAGGCAGCGGCAGAUGGUGGUCAACACGACACAUUUCAAGGUUCACAUCCAUAAAGACAACAGUCAUCACAAGAAGAAAACCACGGAUGUCUGGGCCUCAUCCACCGCAAAGAAACAAGGCAACAUCCUGAGCUAUUGGUGCUUCUCUCCUGGCUUCAGCAUGCAGGAGCUGGUGAAUCAGGAGGUGCGCAGCAUCAUCCUCACCAGUGGGACCCUGUCACCUUUGACCUCCUUCAUAGCGGAAAUGAGGAUAAUGUUUGAUGUCACCCUGGAGAACAGCCACGUCAUAGAGAGAGACCAGAUCUUCGUCCGGGUCAUUGAUCAAGGACCUGACGGGGUGAUGCUGAGUUCUGCCUUUGACAGAAGAUUUGUUCCUGCAAAUAUGUCCUCACUGGGAAACACUGUUGCCAACUUGAGUCGAGUGGUUCCUCAUGGUCUGCUGGUCUUCUUCCCCUCUUUCCCUGUAAUGGAGAAAACGCUAGAAUUUUGGAGAGCAAGUGGACAUUCAAGUCGCAUUGAGAACAUGAAGCCAAUAUUUGUGGAGCCCAAAGGAAAGGGCACCUUUAAUGAGGUGAUGGACGCGUACUACAGUAAAGUGGAUGAUGCCUCAUCUAAGGGAGCGACCUUUAUGGCUGUUUGUCGAGGAAAGGCCAGCGAAGGUCUGGACUUUGCCAACACGUACGGCCGUGGGGUCAUCAUCACUGGCCUUCCCUUCCCUCCAAAGUUGGACCCGCGGGUCCAACUGAAGAUGCAGUUCUUGGAUGAGAUGAACCGGGGUCGAGCUGGCGGCCUGAAGUUCCUGACCGGGCAGGAGUGGUACCGGGAGCAGGCCUUCAGAGCGGUCAACCAAGCCAUUGGCAGAGUCAUCCGCCACAAGGACGAUUUUGGAGCCAUCUUCCUGUGUGAUCAACGGUUUCAAGGAACUAAUGCUAAAGCUCACCUCCCGUCGUGGGUCCGGCCGUGUGUGGGUCACAGGGACAGCUUUGGGAACGUAGUGCGGGACGUUUCGCAGUUCUUCAGGGUCGCCCACAAGCUGCGGCCUGUGACAGAGAACAAGGGACCAGCUAAGAGUUGUGAGCCCGCCUUCCAAUCAGACCCUCAGCCUUGCAGCUCUGUCUCAUCCAGCUGUGUGACCCAGAAGGCCAAGAUGCUGGAUUCCCACAUUCCCAGCCUGAAGAGGAAGAGACUGAAUGACCACACCGGUGCCAGCGCCAUGGCCAGGAUUUGUAUUGAGUACGAGACCGAGGCACAGGAGAGCCACAGGAAACCAGCCAGCCUUCUGGCUGCUCUUGAGCAAGGCGAUCGUCACAGAAAAGACGGAGGGACGGAUUCUUUUGGAGUGGAAAAGGCAAGCCGUCUGUCCACUUUGUCACUUCAGUGUGACAAACGUAUGGAUGAAGAGUUGCGCGGAGGGAAGCGUAAAAUCAAAGUGGUCCAGGAGCAGAAUGGCAGGAAGCUCACCGACAUCAUUGAGAAAGGGAAAGCCAGUACUGUGAAGAAUGUCCUGAUUGAAAUGAAGAAGUCCUUGAGCCAGGUUACCUUUGAGCAAGUUAUGGAGGCUCUGCAGACCUACAAGAAGACCAACAACUUGGACACCCUGCUUUCUCAGACUGCCAUGCUCUUGGAGGACGCCAACACUCACAGCCUCCUGCGAGGCUUCUACCGGUUUGUGCGCGCUCAUCACAAAAAGCAGUUUGAUGAAAAGUGCCUGGAGCUGACGGGUGUAGGGUGUGGUUACAAACCUGAGCACUCCCUGAGCAUGGAGGAGAAGAAGGCGAUGCUCACCAGCGCUGCUGCGGGAGCAACCUCCAGCUCCAGUGCAACGUCCACCAGUCACCAGCUCAGCACGCAGCAGCUCAAUCACGGAGGUCGACACCUCAGCAGUGAUGGUUUGCAGCAAGUGUCCGCUGGAGAUGAGCGGCGUCAUUUGAGGGCUUGCACUUCAGCAGAUUCCACAAGCACUCCGACUGCUUUCUUGGCUGAUGUGAAAAAAGCUCUGACCCCGGAACAAUUGGCACAACUCUUCCGGGCCAUCAGCAGCUACAAGGAAACGGACGACUACGAGAGCCUGGUGUCCAUCGUGGUGAGCUUGUUCACAGAGAAGGACGACCACUUCCAGCUCCUAGCUCGAUUCGCCCAAUUCGUCAAACCUCACCAUAAAAAGCAGUACAGGGAGCUGCUGGAAGCUUUGAUCGAUGGAUAUGAUCCAGCCAAAUAUGAGAAAAAAGAAGCAACACAAAGAAAGCUCACCAGCUUCUUCAGUGCUUCUCAAGACAUAUAGAAGAAGAGGAGAAGGUUUCCUCUGCUGCUGCCGGGACCGUCACAACCCUCAGCUGGAUCUGACUGCACCCAUAUUAUGUUAAUGUGUGAGUGGGAUUGGAACAUGGUAGCGAUACACAUGUAAAUAAAAAUGAA